UCUCGUUCCCGCGGAUCGUAUACCCGCUGAAGAGGAACAGGUGUACGUAUGGAAUCUUGGCUGCAAAGCAAAACGAGAAACGUAGACGAAUAACAGAGCAAGAAGAAGAAAUUCAAGAGAACUGUUUUAGAGUCGCAGCGAUUUCCACAAAACAGUCAUCCAACUCUCUAUCUCUCGUCAGCUUCCACAACACUCCUGAAAACCCUCAUAUAAAUCUAUUCAAUCACUUCUCAUUCAUUCCAAAUCCCAUCUCUCCUCCAUCUGUCCUCCACAUGUAGGGUAGAAACCCUAGAAAUGUCUCUCCAGAUCCGAGAAUUGCUUUUCUUCUCCACGAAAGGACUUCAAAGACAACGAAUUCCUGUAUUUCCAGGGCUUUGGAUCUGAUCUCAACCAGUCUCUCUCCCGUUCUGCUUCUUAUUGUUCUUCUCUUCCUCUGUAAAUCAUGCUCUCGAACCAGAUCCAGAAUGGGAUCGACACAGCGAAGCUCGUCUGGUCUCGGCUGCCGAGCUCGGAGGACGGCGAACAGGAUGAUGCAGAGGUCACGGCGAGGAUCAAUGGUGGAGGUGGUGUUGAGAGCCUAGACUACGAGAUCAUUGAGAAUUACGCCUACAGGGAAGAUCAGGCACAGAGAGGAAAGCUGUACACUGGAUAUUAUGUGAUGGUGAAAUGGUUCUUUUCAUUGCUUACUGGCAUUGGUACUGGAUUAGCUGCCGUUUUUAUCAAUCUAGCUGUUGAGAACUUCGCUGGCUGGAAGUUUGCUGCAACCUUCAAAAUAAUACAGAGCUCCUACAUUGCGGGUUUCAUUGUGUACAUAUUGAUCAACCUGGCUUUGGUUUUAUCUUCUGUGUUGAUUGUCACACAAUUUGCACCCGCAGCGGCAGGAUCUGGCAUUCCUGAAAUUAAGGGGUACUUGAACGGCAUUGAUACACCUGGAAUCCUCCUUUUUAGAACUUUGAUUGGAAAGAUAUUUGGAAGCAUUGGUUCAGUGGGAGGCGGGCUUGCUCUGGGUAAGGAAGGCCCUCUUGUUCACACUGGUGCUUGUAUUGCUUCUUUACUUGGACAAGGUGGAUCCACGAAAUAUCAUUUAAGCUCAAGAUGGCUACAAGUAUUUAAAAGCGAUCGAGAUCGCCGUGAUCUUGUAACUUGUGGAUGUGCAGCUGGUGUUGCUGCCGCUUUUAGAGCUCCAGUUGGGGGUGUAUUAUUUGCACUGGAAGAGGUUACAUCUUGGUGGAGAAGUCAUCUGAUGUGGCGUGUCUUCUUCACAUCUGCUAUUGUGGCUGUUGUGGUACGUUCUGCAAUGGGGUGGUGCAAGAGUGGAAAUUGUGGACAUUUUGGCUCAGGUGGCUUCAUAAUCUGGGAUAUUUCAGGUGGUCAAGAAGACUACUCGUUCCAGGAAUUAUUGCCCAUGGCCGUUAUUGGGGUUAUUGGAGGUCUUCUUGGAGCCUUGUUUAAUCAGCUUACUCGUUACAUUACCUACUGGCGUCGUAACUUUUUACAUAAGAAGGGGAAUAGGAUCAAGAUUAUUGAAGUGUGCCUUAUAUCUUUGAUAACCUCAGUCAUUUCCUUUGGAUUGCCACUUCUAAGAAAAUGCAGUCCAUGCCCAGCUUCAGAGGUUGAAUGCCCUCGGCCACCAGGAACAUAUGGAAAUUAUGUAAAUUUUUAUUGUGCCAAAGAUAAGGAUGAAUACAAUGAUUUGGCAACUAUUUUUUUCAAUACUCAGGAUGAUGCUAUUCGCAAUUUAUUUAGUGCAAAAACAUUUCAUGAGUAUAGUGCUCAAAGCCUUCUCACCUUUCUGGUCAUGUUUUAUUCCCUAGCAGUCGUGACAUUUGGGACUGCUGUACCAGCUGGUCAGUUUGUUCCUGGGAUAAUGAUAGGAUCGACGUAUGGACGACUUGUUGGAAUGUUUGUGGUUAACUUUUAUAAGAAACUCAAUGUUGAGGAGGGAACGUAUGCUCUACUUGGCGCUGCUUCUUUUCUUGGAGGUUCUAUGCGGAUGACAGUAUCCCUUUGUGUCAUUAUGGUUGAGAUCACAAAUAAUUUGAAACUACUACCUCUUAUCAUGCUUGUUCUUCUUAUAUCAAAGGCUGUUGGUGAUAUUUUCAAUGAAGGUUUGUAUGAGGAGCAAGCUCGUCUGAGGAACAUUCCGUUACUUGAGUCCAGGCCAAAACAGUAUAUGCGGAAUAUGACAGCAAAAGAGGCCUGCAGGAGUCAAAAGGUUGUCUACUUCUCCCGUGUUGUUAAAGUUGCAGAUGUACUUUCUAUUUUGCGAAGCAACAAGCACAAUGGCUUCCCCGUUGUUGAUCGUGCACAGAAUGGUGAGCCACUAGUCAUUGGACUCAUACUUCGCAGUCACUUGUUGGUACUUCUUCAGUCUAAGACAGACUUCCAGCAUAGCCCUUUGCCCUGUGAUCCAAGUGGAGGAUCCAUCCCAAUCAGGCACAACUUCAGUGAUUUUGUGAAACCUGUAUCAAGUAAAGGAAUGUCCAUAGAAGACAUCCAUCUAGGUCAAGAUGACUUGGAAAUGUACAUAGAUCUUGCUCCUUUUCUAAACCCAUCCCCGUACAUUGUCCCAGAAGAUAUGUCUUUGGCAAAGGUUUACAAUCUUUUCCGUCAACUAGGGUUGAGACAUAUUUUUGUUGUCCCUCGUCCUUCUCGUGCUAUUGGUUUGAUCACCAGGAAGGAUCUGUUGAUUGAGGAAAACGAGGAUUCAACAACAUUGGAGCUCCAAUCGACUAGUGUAAGGUCUUGAUGCAGCUAGACCCGUUUCACAUCGCUUGGUUAGAAUUUCUUGAGCUCACAGUUAUGGCGGAAGGCAAGUAGAUUCAGAGCAGCACCCACUUCUUGAUAGUCUUCUGGUACAGAGAUGAGAGAACAAGAUGGUGUUUCUUUCCUCUCCCCCUCUGCUAUUGACGUAGGUUAGAAAUACAUGUAUGCGCAUGAUUAAUUGCUCCUUUUACAUUCAAGAAUUUGAUAUAUCCAUUUAUUCAUGUAACCUAGAAAAAACGGUAAACGGGUCCAAGUAGACCCAAUGCGAAAAAACCAUUAUACAGGAAGGGAAACCAGUGUACAAAUAAGGUUUUCCGAUUGCCGAAUCAAAAAGGAGAAAAUUUACAUUU